GGGAAGGAAAAAUAAUAAUCUCCGCCGACUAUAGAUAUUGCUCCAGCUACAUCCUUUAAUCGAUCAAAUGAACACACCGCCGCUAUCGAGCAAUUCGUGCUGAUAACGUGUUACGAAGUCACAGUACAUAUUAGUCAUCCAGUUCAUUGAGAUCAACCUCUAGCCCACUCUAAUAUUACCACCAGAGUAGCAGGUUCAACAAAUGACAAGAACUAAGAUAACUAAUUAAGAUACAUAAAUUAAAGAAGUUGAAUGGACACAGAGAAGAGGAUAUAUGGGAACUGACGAAUUGUAUUCCCUUCUUAUCUUAUUGAUUUUGUUAAGUCUCUCAGACCAUUACAACAGACCACCAAGAGGGAUAUAUAUAGGUUCUGUUACAAAACACUAAUGUGCCACGUUUGUAGUUAACGUGUCACAGUACAUUAACGUUUUUCUGCUGAUGUUUAUCAACUUGGGAUUACCAGUCUAUGUUUACACAACAUUUUCAUUUUUUUGCAAAGAAAUGUUUGAUUUUCUUCAAAAUUACUUCCCGCUGAAUUAAGUAUUUUUGAACUCUUUUUGUUUGCGGAAAUGCCUAAGAGAAAAAUAUAUAUGUACUCUUCUCGAUGCAGAUUCUCAUUAUUGCAGUUUUACCUUGUCAUAUGCCUGGUUGGUUUAAGAGAAUGCUUUUGUUGUGGUUGUGUACCAAAUAUACCUGUCACUUGCUAUAACUUGUGUAUCUCUCUUCAAACUGCCCGCGUAAUAGAGUUUAGAUAGAACUAAUAGCACAUAGUGUGUAUAACAUAUUCUUAUGGUCCUGUAUUUCCUAAUUAAGAUAAAUUCAUCACUGUUGAUAAAUUUCUGGCUGUGAUAUGUGUAUUUCAUUGUUUUUAUUGGUUGGUAACUGUUUGUGGUUGCUUAGGCAGAGAUGUCGGGGAGAGUAUUCCGCAACUCACAAAAUACUCUCUGGUUAUUCUCUUCAUUAACUUCUCCUUCUACUACUACCUCUUCGAUCAAAUUCAAAACUACCUGUAUAAAAAAUGUCUUCUUAAAUCGCAGAAAUGUUCUUUCCUUCUCGCCAAAACCUUCGUCAUCUUCAUCUGCCUUAUUCUGUAGCUGCAGCAGUAACGAUGGUGGAGCUCAAUCCAUCACUCCAGACGCAUUCAUUCUCACUACACCUCUUUACUACGUAAAUGCCCCACCUCAUAUGGGUAGUGCCUACACUACUAUUGCUGCUGAUGCCAUAGCUCGAUUUCACAGACUGUUAGGGAAGAAAGUUAUAUUCAUAACGGGUACAGAUGAACAUGGAGAGAAGAUAGCUACUGCAGCAGCAGCUAGUGGUUCGAGUCCAAUUGAACAUUGCAGCAAUAUGUCACAGGCUUAUAAGUUUCUUUGGAAGGAUCUAGACAUAGCUUAUGACAAGUUUAUUCGAACAACUGAUUCAAGUCACGAAGAAAUUGUGAAGGAAUUUUAUGCUAGAGUUCUUGCUAGUGGUGACAUUUAUCGAGCUGAUUAUGAGGGACUGUAUUGUGUUGGUUGUGAAGAGUAUAAGGAUGAGAAGGAAUUGCUUGAGAACAAUUGUUGCCCUAUGCACCUAAAACCUUGUGAGGCACGUAAGGAGGAUAACUACUUCUUUGCCUUGUCAAAAUAUCAAAAGUCACUAGAGGAGGUCUUAGCACGUAAUCCAGAUUUUGUACAGCCUUCUUACCGUUUGAAUGAGGUGCAAAGCUGGAUCAAGAGUGGCUUAAGAGAUUUCUCAAUUUCACGGGCGUCUGUGGAUUGGGGUAUUCCUGUGCCUUGCGAUGAAAAACAAACUAUCUAUGUCUGGUUUGAUGCUUUAUUGGGGUGCGUUAUUUACGUAUACUUCUCUUGUUUGCUGCUUAGAUAUGUAUCGGCAUUAUCCCUAGAACAAGAAAAACCCACUUUACAACAUGCAACUGCUUCAGGUUGGCCUGCUUCGCUGCACUUAAUUGGCAAGGAUAUCUUGCGGUUCCAUGCUGUUUACUGGCCAGCUAUGUUGAUGUCUGCUGGACUAAGCCUUCCAAAGAUGGUUUUCGGCCAUGGAUUCCUAACCAAGGAUGGCAUGAAAAUGGGGAAAUCACUUGGUAAUACACUCGAGCCAAAGGAUUUGGUGCUUAGGUUUGGUUCUGAUGCGGUGAGGUACUUCUUUCUUAGGGAAGUAGAACUUGGAAAUGAUGGGGACUACUCGGAGGAACGGUUUGUCAAUAUUGUCAACGCACAUCUUGCCAAUACAAUAGGAAAUCUUCUUAAUCGUACGCUUGGGCUUCUGAAGAAAAACUGUAAUUCAACUUUAAUCGUUGAUUCGGUUACUGCAGCUGAAGGGAUUGCACUCAAAGACACUGUAGAGAAGUUGGUAGAGACAUCAAAAGACCACUAUGAAAACCUAUCCUUAUCCUUAGCUUGUGAGGCCGUGCUAGAGAUUGGGAACGCAGGGAACUUGUAUAUGGAUGAACGGGCUCCAUGGUCUCUUUUCAAGAAAGGUGGCGAUGCUUCUGAAGCUGCUGCAAAGCAGGACCUUGUUGUAAUAUUGGAAGUCGUGAGGAUUAUUGCAGUAGCAUUAGCUCCUGUAACCCCAAGUUUAUGUUCGCGGAUAUAUUCACAGCUUGGCUAUUCAAACGAUCAGUUUGAAGCUGUUACCUGGAGUGAUACCAGAUGGGGAGGGCUCAAAGGUGGUCAGGUUAUGGCCCAGGCAAUUCCCAUCUUCGCGAGGAUUGAAAUCAUCUCAGAAGAGGAAAAUGGAGGUGAAACUCUUAAGAAGGCAGUGAAAGAUAAGAAACGGAAACCAAAGCCAAAGCCUCAACUGGCUGUAGAAGCUCAGAGUUAGGACUUGUCUCUAUCUGUACCUGCAUAUAAUACACCUCUGCAGAUCAGUGACAAACAGAACAUAAUUUCAGAAAAGUUGAGAAAUUUAUUCAUUUGAAUAAGAUUGAGGAUGCUAUUGACUUAUUUAUCCCCAAAAUUCAGGUGCACACGUUUGAUUUACCGAAUAAGUUUUAGUACCAUGUAAAUAAAAUAAAAUAAAAUAAAGGGUCUGCUAAUGGUUUGAGUUGGAUUGGGGUUUUUCCACUGGUGAUGUUCUGCUAGUUGUGUUUCCACUUUUGUGGGCUAUUAUUCGGGUGAUGUUGAUGAAAUGGUGUUAAUGGUGGUUGCUGGUAGGAUUGCGGCGGCUGUCUAAUCAGGAUUCUGAACUUGGUAAAAUAUUUUGGGGCUUUGCAGCAGUGUAUGCUAGAUUUUUGCAUCAAAACAGAUACCAUGUAGCUUGUCGUUGUUCUUGAUGACCUCAUUCUUACUCUUCACCAGA